AUGACAUUUCCACCGCGGAUGCGACAUUUGGGUGCUCUUCCAAGAGCCUAUCGGCUCCGGCGUCCGGGGCUAGCUUGGCUAUGUCUCGGCUGUUUGCUCACGUUGCUGGUACGAAAUGAUUGGCACCCCACAAGGGGCACGCUGGCUCAGUCAACAGCUUUCAUCAGUCCAAAUGCUGGUCCUCCGCAGCAAGUUCCAUCCCUCUCCCAGAGCCGAGCAAAAGCUUGGGGAGAUGUGAUGGAAACACCAAAGCUGGAGGCCAGUGAUAGAGAUUUCAGUUUGCUUCUGGCAUCGCAGUUUCCAGUUUUCGUGGCAGUUGGGGCAUUGAUCCCCGUGCUACCAUUAUAUGGCCAAGAGUUUGGGCUCUCACAGAGCUCCGUUGGUUUGUUGGUGUCCUCACCCAGUUUGGCCAAGCUGAUUCUGAACCUUCCGUUUGGUCAACUGGCUGACAGCCUGGGGCGUCGAGUCUUGAUGGUUGGUGGCAUGAGUUUGUGCGCCAUCGCGGAUGUUGGUACGGGCUUGGCUUCCAGCCUUCCUUUCCUCAUCGUGGCGCGAUUGUUGUUAGGCGCUGGCCUAUCUUCCAGCGACGCCGGCUCCUCUGCGUGGGUAGCAGAUGCCACUGAAACGCGCCCUGAGACGCGAGCAUCAUUCUUGGGCGUCCAAAAUGCUGUCAUUGCUUCUGCCUUCGUGAUCGGCCCCGCAGUGGGUGGCUGGUUGGUGGGUGAAUUUGGCAUGCGCUCCAUCUUCUUCGUGGUGGCUAUCGGUGCAGCCACCUGUGCAGCUGGAUAUUCCUUCCUGCCCGAAUUGAGGGGUGCCAGGACGGCUGAGGAUCGAGAAGCUUCAUCCUUUCAGGAAUUGUUGAAAGCACCAGAGCAACAGGCCCUUGCAGCCAUCUCUGUUGCGUUUUAUGCUGGCACCGCCUGCAAGAUCAGUUUGCUUCCCACCGUGGCGAAGGAAGUCUUUGAUGCGGCGCCUGCAGAGGUAGGUCAACUCUUCUCAGCUUUAGCCGCGCUGGCCAUUUUUGGCACACUGGUCGGUGGACGUUUGGCCGAUGCAGUUGGUCCACGAAACAUCCUGCUGGUUUGCGGAGGGGCGUGUUCAGCAGCAUAUUUUGGUGCUGCCCUGGCCACAGAAGCUCACGCCAAGGAAGCCUUCGUGGCGUGUUUAGCCCUCUGGGCCGUGGCUGCCGCCAUCAAAUCCCCGGCGCUGCAAGCCUUCGCCAUCUCGGCGGCACCGGAGGAUCGACGCGGGGCCGCGCUAAGUGUGCCGAAGACGGUGGGGGAUUUGAGUUAUUUGAUCGCACCAUUUCUGUUGGGUGCCUUGGAUGAUAACUUUGGGCCAGAGGCAGCUUUGACCUGCUGCGCCAGCACAUUUCUGCUGGGGACUUUGGCCUUUGCCUUUCGCAGCGCUUGA